GAGCCCCUGGUUCCUGCAAGGCAGGCGAGGCCUCAGGCGGCGUACCCGCGGGGCUGCUCUCUGGAGGCUGCUCUCUGGAGGCUUUUGCGGGGCUGCUGCUCCCUGGCUCCUCCUCCCCGGCAGGAGGCAGAGGCAGGAGGGGCGAUGCUGCUCCAGCUGAGCGCCCAGUUCGAUCCUCAGAGAGAUGUGGGGCCCUGGCUCUCGGAGCGAGCUGCGCUGCUGGGAGACGCUAACGCUGAUAUUUUGGGGAAUAACUUGGAGACACUCCGCACAGUUAAUGUUGAAAGAAAUGGAAAUAUUAUUUAUACCUGGAAGGGGAAUCAGGGGCACACCUAUAUUGGAUUGUAUGAGCCUGGUAGUCAAAAGAACCAGCACUUAUAUACUUUUGAAAAGGACUUACACAUGAUCAGCUGCUCUGUCAACAAUGAGAAGACACUGCUGGCGGUCAGUUUUCUCCAGUCAACAACAGAAGAAAGAGCAAAUCUCUCGUUCCCCCCAGUGUCUAAAUGUCUGACCUUGCUGAUUGAAAUUCACCCAGUAAAUAAUGUGAAAGUUCUAAAGGCUGUGGACAGCUGGAUCAGAGUGCAGUUUGUUUAUCCAGUUGCAGAGACAAUUACUUCUCCAGCAAGCCACCUCUUGCUCAUUUCAGAAGAUAAAUAUAUUGAAAAAAUCGACAUCAAAGUUGUCAGAGAAGGAGACAGUGUGAUGAUAGAAAAUGCAAGCCAGCUUUCAAGACAAAGCAUUGUUGACGAUAUCGUUUGGGCCCAGUGGGAUAUGCUGGAGCAAACACUAUUUUACAUUGCCUCAAAGGAAUCAAGGGACACACUAUAUUGCAUCCAGUUUUAUCCUGAUAAAAACUUCAAACUAAUACUUGAAACACCUUUGGAUAUCAACUUGGAUGACAUAGGAUUAAAAUCUGUGAAUUUGGAUUUUAACUGUUCUCAAGACCAAGAGAUGGUAUCUAAACCUUUGAAUAUUCAAGUUUUUACCAGUGAAACAGGAUGUCUCUGCAUAUGCUGCAACCUUGUUCCUGUUAGUCCUGAAGAAGUAACAUACUCCGUGUCCUUUUUACAUAAAGGUUAUAGUAAAAUGUACACUAUUACUCUGGAAAGAGGGGAUUCCUCAGAAGUGAAAGAUCUUACUUUUUUAAAUCUUGACUAUUAUGUGGCUGUCUACUUACCUGGACACUUCCUGCAUCUUCUCAACACUCGGCAUCCUGACCUGAUGUGCUAUAACUUCUUUCUAACAGGUGGGAAUGCAAAAAUCAAUAGCUUGCACACGAAUGCCCUCCUUUCCCCUCUCAAGUCGAUGGUCUUGGAUCGCAGCACAGGAAGCAUAUUUACCGUUGCAAUAAACAGGCAGGCCUUGCUGCAGUUUCUGCGGAACAGCAAGUUGGAUAACGACAGACUGGCAACACUUCACUGUUUACUUCUGCAUAUUGGAAGCACUAAGGAAUUGGAAACCCAGAUUAUCCAGUGGAUUAUGGAGAACACAGCCACUUGUUUUACUUUUGACCCCAUACAGGAACUUAUCAUUGCUUCUUUGUACAGGAGAAUGUGUCUGAAGGCCAGCAAACUGGAUAGCGUUUUACCAUAUACACCACUGCUGCACUGGAAUGAGGAUAUCCCUGGAAUUGUAUGCAGAACACACAUUAUCUCACUACCUGUGUUAAAGGUACAGAAGUGCAAAGGCUUCUGGGAAAAGCUAGGUUCAAGCUUGGAAUGCUCCAGGUGUUUUGACCCACACAUGUGUUUCAACAGCAAGCUGCUUAGGCUGGAACGGGAUAAACUGCUUUCAGAUGAGAGAACUGAAGAGAGAACAACAUAUACGGAAAGCAUGCUUGAAAACGCAAAGAAAGUGUUUUCCAGCCUGAAUAAAUGGAACACAGAAGAAAAGAUGGUUCCUCUCUUCCAGGAAGAAGAUUACCAGCAACGGUUGCUAACAGGACUGAUAGUAGCACAGUUGAAAGAUCACCUCGCAAGGCACCUGCAGCAUGUUGGCAAAAAGAAGAUUGACCAAAUAGCUGUGGAUUAUGUUUCGAAAUCGCUGGAUCUAAUAUGCUUGAUAAUGGAGAACGUUUGGAAGAAAUAUAGUCUUGGUCCUUGGAUCUUCUCAUGUAGGCAGGAAGGAAGAUUGGAUGAGAUGGUCGUAUUCUGUAACAUGUGUCAGAUUCUACAGGCCACCAGCGGAAUGUGCAUGCCUUUGCCUCCUGGAUUUCAUACUCUGCAUAUAGCGCUGGGCAUCCGAUGUCUCCCUUUGCAUGCCCUCUUGCAUUACAUUGACCAUGGAGUGCUACAUUUGACGGAGAAGUGCGUAAUGAAACUUUUGAAAGAGCUGGACAACACCGAAAAGAACGAAAAGCUCAAACUGAGUAUCCUCAUAAGGCUUCCUGAGGCGAUUGGUCGUAAGGUUAGUCAACUCUGGAAUCACCCUAUAAGCACCAACACUAUUGCAAGGAACUAUGUUAAACUCUCGCUUGAGAAACUCAGCAGUAAACAGUACAGUAUGCUAGUUAUGGAGAGUUCGACACCUCAAAUAGAGUUUCUGCCGCUUAACUACUUGGUCAAUAUGCUGGCAGAGGUGGAGAGUCAAGGAUGGAUGACUUCCAUGGCACAGGAUAACAUGAAUGCAAGAUGUGUGGAAGAGUUGGCACUGAAGCACACGACUCUGCUCUUAGGUCUUUAGUGAAACUUAACGAAAGCGACCUUAUUACCUCGGCUGCAUCUCAGCCUUGCUAUGUCUGUUAGUGACAUGGACUGAUUCAGGAGAAAUACUGAAACUUCUGCUGACUACUGAGAGUGAGUUCAGCAUAGUGACUCUUUCAUUGUCACUACUUAUUAGUAAUGGGAUACAUGCCAAAGUUGCUGUGCCCCAAACGCGGUGACUUUCAGGUCAGAAUUACAAACUUAUGCUCAAUUUGCCUGCUAUUCCAGUUCAGAUUCUGGCAAAUAAAUUCUGACUAUGGGGUAACUAUACUGUUUAACAGAUCAAAAAGAAAUCGGCAGCUGUUGUACACUGAUGUAGAAGAGAUCCAUUUAUGAACUUGGGAAGUAUGAAUAAAAUAGCUCUCUGUAAAUAAUGGGAAUAAAUGUAAAAAUUUGAAACUUAAUAUGUCCUUGCUUAUGUAAAUUGUCAUCUUUCUUUUGUUUAUUUUGCUACAAUCACAUGAAACUUCUGCAAGGCAACUAAAUUUCAACUGGGGCAUAUUUAUAUCUGUAUUCCCCCUUAGCAAUCAGUGGGUAGGAUCCACUUUUAAGUUAACCAUUAUUAAAGCUUGUUGAUAUUGAUGUGAGAGGCGAUUUGCAUUUAAAUCAGUAGGACGGGAAUGUGUCUCUUGCUGAUAGAUGUAGAUUAAGUGUCAGUCCAAAAAGAAAUAGUUGCUGUCAAAAAAGUCAUGCAUCUCGCUCUUGCUUCUCACCUAUUUUUGUAAAGCUCUAGGCAUCUUUGUUUUCUUAGCUGUGAACAGUAACAGCGUUAGAAAAGUUGGAUUCCAAUCAGAAACAUUUUCAGUUUCCUGCAUGCUGGCAUACCAUUAAACUGAUGUCCAUAGCUGCCAAGUUAUCCCUUUUUUUAAGGGAAAUUCCCUUAUGCUGAAUAGGCUUCCUCGUGAGAAAAGGGAAAACUUGGCAUUUUCCUUGCAGCUACGGUACAAACAAAAAGCAAAACAAAAAACACCCUGUUAUCUAAGUAUUUGACUUAUAGUGGACAAAGACUUCUUCCACAAAUUUAAGUCAGACUCUGCAUAUUUGAAUGUCCUAUUCCAGUAGGAUGGAACUAUAAUUAAUUGUGGGAAAACUGCAGCUGAAAUUGAUUCCAUCAGAGUGCUGUGUAUUGAAGUCUUUUUAACCAGAGCAUCAUUUUAAACAGAUAACUGUUUUGCUAUAUAAGCCUAAUGGGUGGUACCCAACUAUGUCAUGGUCUACCUAAGCCCAUUAUUUCAUACUCAAGAGUAGUCCCACUGAAAUUAGUCACAUACUGUGCAACAGGAUUAAAAUAUGUGUGGGAUUCAGAUCUAGAAAGUGGGGGAGUGCAAAAUAUUGUACAGAUAAGGCAAUGCAGGUUACUUAAAAGAGAUUGGGGGGGGGCUUUUUCAAGGUGAGCAUGUAAGUGGGAAUGCCUGUCUUGUCUGGCUCAGAAAUCCAGACAUUUAAAAAAAGCUGUAGAAAAGUGAAACUGUGUCUCAAAGUUUAACCAGGAUGGAGGAGGGGGAGGGGGAACGACGUUGAAAAAUUGCAACUUAAGUCUCUAGCUUAAGCGCCAGCAUCUGAAGAGGGUGGCUGGACUGGAAGGUAGAGAGGACAACUGUAGCUGGAGUCAGAGACACUGAGAGGCAGAGGCAACUGGUGCUACUUUCUCCCCUCCCUCCUCCCUCCUGAGGUCUAAAAUGCCAACCCUGAGGCUCGGGAAGAGGAAGCUGACAGCUGUGUCACCUUCUGGAUUGGUUGUCUGUAAGAAGACAUGCAGCCAGGGCUGGCUGAAGUUGGGGAGGGGAACAGGGUCUCCUUUGCCCUAAAGGACCAGCCUUCAUUUGGGGGAUCUCCUUAAUGGCUGGCAGGUUUAGUUUGUAAUUGACAACACACUCUAAUCCUCCAGGUCUCGGCAGGAUGCAGGUUUUCAAGAGCAAUAGCUUGUCUCUUCCAAGCUUGAAGAUAAUGCCAGAAUGGGGAGAGGAAAGUAGGAGCAAUGUAUUGUGAGUUUACAGGUCAAGCUUUUAAGUGCCCAGCACAGCAGGCCUUUGUCGUCUUACUUGUCUACACAAAUCAGCAGCUUUGUUACUCAGGCAGGGACACCUCUCUCGUGUCUGCAAUCUUCUGACCGAUUGCUGGCGAAACAUUUGGGGUGGGGGGUUAAGUGAAAUAUUUUUACAACCACCCCCAAAAUAGUGAAUGGGGGAAGGUAAAUGAAGUAGGCUUGGGUGGACCCAUUAAAUCAGUCAACCAAUAAAUCGCCUCCAACUAAGGUAGUUUGCUUUACAAAGUGCCAAACAGAUUAUUGUGGUUGGUGCACACCCUCACUAGAAAACAUAUCGGUUUUUGCUUAUAUAAGUGCAGUAAUUUACUCCUUUCCUAUUUUUGUGGCAAUACUUCCUUGCUACUAUAAUGCAGAUGUUUAAAGUUACCAAGCCAU